GAACUGUCAAAAUUAAACGUUUCUUCAAUGUCGUCGUUUAUAAAAUGAAAUAAACAUUUAAAAUUACAAAUAAAUCGUUACCUUUAGCUCAUAAUACUUAAGGAAAUACAUCAAAUAUAUCCAUGAUCUAAUAAGAAUAAGAAAAAAAUGUAUUUAUCGUCAGCGAGUUCGCAACUUUUGCUUUACGAUGCAAACAGUUAUGAUUUAAAAAAGUCCUACAAAUGUUACGACGGUGUUCUACGAGAUGUUUCUUGGAGUGACGAUAGUAAAUAUUUAUUACAGAUAAACUCCAAAGGCCUUGUAGAAGUACUCACUCCAGCUGAGCAUGAAGUCCGUAGCUUACAACACAUACCAGUCAAAGAUUCUUGGUCAGCAAGUUUCCACAGAGAUGGUCACCGAAAUGUUGCUAUUGGUACAAAGAAUGGUGAAGUCAUGAUAUGGGAUACAAAAAAUAAAGGAGUUACGAAAGCAUUCCCUACACCACCCACUCCAUCUUGUGUUAAUAUAAUAAGCUACAACUCUAAAAAUACAAGUCUAGCUGCAUCAAUGCAAAAUGGAGAUACAGUUAUUUACGGCCUUGUCUCCAAUAUACCAGUUUGUACUGUUAAACUGAAUUGCUCUAAAAGUAUUUCUGCAAUGAAGUUCCAUCAUGAGUCAAGAUCAUCCUUAGGAUUGGCUACAGAUGAAGGUCAUGUAAUAUUAAGAGAUAUAACUACAAAUAAGGAUAAAGCACUCUUUGAGAACAUACACGCAUCCCCCGUCAGUGAUUUAACAUUUUCCCUCAUCAAUAGGGAUGUUAUGCUGUCAUCUGGUUAUGACAAAGUAAUGCAUGUCUAUGAUACAAGACUACAAAAUGUAGUGUCUACAAUAAAAACCUCAUAUGCACUAACAUCGCUGGCGAUCAAUACAGAAAAUCAUGUUGCACUUGGAACGAAAAAUGGCUAUGUUAUUAUCUAUGAUUUGAGAGAUCUGACCAUGCCAUUUAAAAUAUUAAAAGGUCAUGAAGAAGAAGUGAGAAAAGUGGCUUUCCAACCGCAUAGAAAGAAAACGUUAUCAACAGAAUUGAGUAUUAAUGAAAGAGUUGAAUGCAAUAGUCCUAUGAAGGUUCAGUCACCUGUUCGGAGUAGGAACUCAGAUUUGUUUUAUGUUAACAACACACCUCCUAAAGUCAGUUGUGAUGUCCCAGAAAGUGAGGUAAGGAGAUCUACAAGUGACAAUAAAGCUGAUUCCUUCCUUGUUAUGAUGGGUUUAGAUGAGAAAUCAAAUGUAGAUUUUGAAGACGAAUUCAACAAAUCUCCCGAACACUUCAGAAAGAGUGAUAAAAUUGAGUUGAGGUAUCGCCAACUAGAUGCUGAGAAGAAUAUAAACAAAGCUUCCACACCAUUGAGCAGUCGAGGUGUUGAUAAUAUUAUUUUUCCAUCUCCCUUGGUCCUCAUCAAUGGAGUACCAGAUGAUGGACGAACCUCAAAUACUAACAUAAGGCAAGCAAACUUACAACCCGUAGGUAUAGAUAAUAAGACUGUUGAAGAGCUAAAGGAUUUCAUUAAACUAUCAUUAUCAUAUGUUGCUGACGAUGUUAGAAGUUCUUACCUAAGCACCAUGAUGGAACUAACAAAGCAAAAGCUGUAUCUUGAAAAGCAGUUGGCCAAUAUGAGCAAUCAAAUAGAUACAUUAGUUCAAAACCAAAAUGCACUAAUUGAAGCUAACAGAAAGCUAGUUCUACAGGUAGAUCAGUUGAAAUCUUAUCAAAACUCAUUUUAAGUUUUAUGUAACAAAAUCGAAUUUACAAAUAUUACAAAAUUUUUAAAUUUAGACUAAAAUGUUCAUAAGAAUCUCUUAAGUAUUUUUUAAUGAAUUGUAUCUAAUGAAUUGCCAGUAAAUUAUUGCCCCAAAUAAUGAUAGUAUUUAUAGUUGAAUGCACAUCAAUUAUUAUACCUAGAAAAAACCAGAUCCAUCAAAAAAAUGUUAUUUUAUGAUAAUUGGGUAAUGGUUACAUUAUGUGUGAAUUUUAUUAAGUGUUUUUUUCAAUAUUAUUUUGUAUUUUAAUUUGUGCCAUUUUAAAAGUGAUAUAAUUAAGUACUAGAAUGUUAUCUGCAAGCUGUGAAAUUGCAUUUGUAUUAUUACUAAUAAAAAUAUGAUAGCAUGUUA